AUGGACCCACAGAUCCUUUUAGUAACUCCCUAUUUCUUCAAUGAUCCCAGUGUCCAUCAUCUCACCAGCUCGCAGAAAAAGACCAAUCAGUGGUGCAGAUGGUCAGAAGAAGUUAUUCUAUUGCUUAUAGUGCCCUAUCUAGCAUACAUGCAGGAGACUUCAAUGCUACACUAUGCCAACAUGGUACAACAGCCACAUGGAGAUACUGUAGCUUGUCAUGCUGGAUGUGGGACAUGCAGUAUCAAGGUUGCAUGUGUGUUCUUUGACAGCCUGUCAGAAAUUAAUAUCAUUGCAUGCCCCUGUUUUCCUGCCCCUCUCCAGCUCCUUCGUCAUGGGCUGUUCCCAUGUGCUCCUGUUGCUCCCUCACUUGCAGUGGACUUACAUGUUCUAGAGUUUGUCCACCUUCUUUUCAUUCGUCAGUCCCCCAACCAUACUGCGUGGUGCAAUGCAGUGGAGAUGUUUCUAGAUGGAAUGGGAUACAAGUUGACAUUGAUGCAUAGCCUGUGCCAUCACUUCUCCAAUGCAUUUCACUGGUACCAGGUGUUGACCAUUUUAGCUCGUGAUCACAUCUCCAAUCUUAUUGCCGACACCUGGAAGGACAAGAUCUGUUUGCAACCAAUGGCAGUCAAACAACCUACUGAAUACCUUUAUAUUAUCAUUUGCAUAGAUGCAUGCUUUACUCAAAAGUGCUCCACCAACCCUCAUGGUGCCAAUGGUCACAACCCUCCCAACCUGACACCAUCCUUUUUUCUACCAAAGGAUGAUGUGCAAGCAAUGGAUGAGUUCAUGCAGUGCUGUCAAGGAGAAAGACAUCGGGAGAGGGUCUCAAGGAUGGAGCCAGAAGAGGAUUGCUAUGAAAUGGGGAUGAGUGUGCCAGUAUCAGUCCUGGAUGGAUGCCUUAUGGCACUGCUUUGUAGACAUGAUUGUGUUCUCUGGAUCAUGAACCUCACAUCGGUGGGGGAGAAACAACAUUACUUGCUUGCUCUAUUGGACCAUCUGUUCAAGCAUCUACCCCCUCAAAUGACCAUUGGGCUUCUGUACGACAUCAGAUGCCAACUUGAACAGAGCUGUCACAAAUGGAGUCUUCUGGAUGAAUCUAUUUUAUCGCAAAUCACCUUUGCAGUUGCUGUAUUCCACACUUAUGGUCACCAGUGGCCUUGUCAAAUUAUCUACCAUCCCAGGAAACACAAAGCAACUCAUCCCCCCCUACGUGUUUCUGGAUUCAAUCAGCAUCUUUUUGUGCUUGAUACUCAAAUUUGCCACCUUGAUAUGAGAUCACUGCAAGGAUUUGGCCAUUGGCUUCAUUGGCAUUGGAUUCACUGCCAGAUGAAGAAGAAUGCAGCUCUGGACAAUUUACAAGACUUGGACCUCAACAAGGAUAUGCUUUGUGUGGAGUGGAAGGCUCAGAUUGUGCACCAGACAAGACCCGCUGCAGCCAAGGUCAUUACCACUCUUCUUGCAUUGGAGAAGACUUUAGACGCACAUGACACUUCUGUCCAUGAACUGGAGGCAUGGUUACAUGGUGGUCAUGUUGAUGACAUGGUCAAGCUCAAUCUGCAGCUGAUUGAUGCUCGUUUGCGAUGUACCAAAGUUACUAAUACUAUCCGACAUCAUAGAUCUGCACUUGGAGUGGAAGAUAAGGCUGAACUCGAGAAGAUGAAGAAGGACGUUUAUCUCACAGCCAGAUUGAAUGCUCGCACUGUGAAAACUCGCAUUCAGGACCGUCUUCGUCAACGGAAGUUCAAAUUGGAGAGACUUGAGAGGUCAUACAGAGCAUCUAUCAAUGCUGAAAAACUUCACGCAAAUACGCAACACUCCAUCAAACGUCACAAACCUGGCAUUCUCAAGUUAGUCUCAACUUACAAUGGCUUAGCGCCACCUUUUGCUAUCCCCCCUCACUCCAUUCUGCAUGAUGGCAUCUUCCAACUCGAUGUUGACGACAAUAUCUGGCAAGACAUUGGACUUGACAAUGCCACUGUCAACCCUCCAGUGUGGUUAUCAGAUGAGGCCAUCAGAAACGGUAUCCAGUUGCAACUUGAAGUAGAUCAUUGCUUCAAGGAGGAGGCUCAACUGAUGCGCAAGUGGUCUGUUAUGCAGGAGUGGAUGUUGAUGGAGUGGGAGGGUAUACAGGAUGCCUUGUCAAAUGCAGAUGAGCUUGCUAACAUCUGUGUUGUUUGGAGAAGAAAAGUUCAGUGUAUUCCAUGUGCCUGGUCAGUUGUGGAUAGCUGGGGACCUUCAGAUGAAGUCUUGCUUCAGGCCACACAUGAACAGGUGCAGCCAUCUUUUCAGGAUGAGGAUGACCAGAGUGUAGGACCUGUGGAAGAGGAUAACGAGGGUGAUUCAGAUUGUGACAUUGCAUUGGUGGAUGAGUAUAGGUAUGAUAUAGACCCUGAUGAUGACCUAGAUGACAUUGAAGAUGAUUUUAUGCCAUCAUCCCCUACAAGAUGUCCUACAAGAUAG